AGCUGAUUUCUUCUCGGAUCUGACCACCAUAGCCCUCAGUAAUUAUAGCAGCGUUGAAAUUCCGAGCUAAAAACAGAAGUGCAGCAUGUGCCUAUUCCCCAUGUGAUUCAGAAACCAGGAAAUUGAAAGAGCCUGACUGAGAAGAGAGGGAGUGUAAAAGCAAUAGACACAUCUAAUAUUUCUCUCCAACCUGCUCCGCCUGGGACGCAGGAGCUGUCAUCUGCCGGAGCCGAUUAUGCGUGCAGGCAAAGCUGAGCCUGAUUGGAUGUAGUAGGACCUAAGGCGAGGGGGAGAGGGAGCGGAGCGAGAGUUGGGCUCGCCGCACCGAAAUGUAAACACUGGAAAGCGAGAGGGAGUAUAACGCCUGUCUGCUCCGAGCGGCAAGCAGCAGGCUCCUCUGGCUCCGGCAGCGUGCCUCUUGCAGGUCCAGCGGUGCCCGGCUUGAUGACCAGAAGCGGGCACUUCGGGGGCUCUCCUGCCUGUGGAUAUAAAUAGGGGCAGCGGGAUGCGGUAGCUUUCUCCGGCGGCGCCGCAGCUCCUCCGUGCUCCGCGCCGCAGCUGGGACAGGGCAAUGGACAUGAACAUGAAGAAGUUCACAGUGCGUCGCUUCUUCUCGGUCUACCUCCGCAAGAAGUCUCGGUCAAAGAGCUCGAGCCUAAGUAGAUUUGAGGAAGACGGUAUCGUGAAGGAAAUAGACAUCAGUCAUCAUGUGAAGGAAGGUUUUGAAAAAGCAGAUCCUUCUCAGUUUGAGCUGCUGAAAGUAUUAGGACAAGGUUCAUAUGGAAAGGUAUUUCUAGUGAGGAAGAUCAAAGGAUCUGAUGCGGGUCAGCUUUAUGCCAUGAAGGUACUUAAGAAGGCAACUCUGAAAGUUCGGGAUCGGGUGCGAUCAAAAAUGGAGAGAGAUAUUUUGGCAGAAGUGAAUCAUCCUUUCAUAGUCAAGCUUCAUUAUGCAUUUCAAACAGAGGGAAAGUUGUAUCUAAUACUAGAUUUCCUGCGGGGAGGGGACCUUUUCACAAGACUCUCCAAAGAGGUGAUGUUUACAGAAGAGGAUGUCAAAUUCUACUUAGCUGAGCUGGCCUUGGCAUUAGACCACCUCCAUGGUCUUGGAAUUAUUUACAGGGAUCUAAAACCAGAAAACAUUCUUCUUGAUGAAGAGGGCCACAUUAAGAUAACAGACUUUGGUCUGAGUAAAGAAGCCAUCGACCAUGACAAGAGAGCAUAUUCAUUCUGUGGGACAAUAGAGUACAUGGCUCCAGAGGUGGUAAACCGACGAGGACACACACAGAGUGCCGACUGGUGGUCUUUCGGCGUGCUCAUGUUUGAGAUGCUGACAGGGUCGUUACCCUUCCAGGGAAAAGACAGAAAGGAGACAAUGGCACUUAUUCUCAAAGCCAAGCUGGGAAUGCCGCAGUUCCUGAGCAUAGAAGCCCAGAGCCUGCUGCGAGCCCUCUUCAAAAGAAACCCCUCCAACAGAUUGGGUGCUGGAUUCGAUGGAGUGGAAGAAAUUAAACGUCACCCUUUCUUUGUUACUAUAGACUGGAACAAACUAUACAGGAAAGAAAUCAAGCCACCUUUCAAGCCCGCAGUGGGACGGCCAGAAGACACCUUUCAUUUUGAUCCAGAGUUCACAUCUCGGACCCCCACAGAUUCCCCAGGUGUUCCUCCAAGUGCCAAUGCUCAUCACCUUUUCAGAGGGUUCAGCUUUGUUGCCUCUAACUUAGUGCAGGAGCCUGCACAGCAAGAUGUGCACAAAAUCACCAUCCAUCCGAUUGUGCAGCAGUUACAUGGGAACAACAUUCAUUUUACAGAUGGAUAUGAGAUCAAGGAGGACAUAGGAAUCGGCUCCUAUUCAGUGUGCAAGAGAUGCGUUCAUAAAGCUACAGAAACAGAGUUUGCAGUGAAGAUAAUUGAUAAGAGCAAGAGAGACCCCUCAGAAGAAAUUGAGAUCCUUUUGCGGUAUGGACAGCAUCCAAACAUUAUUACUCUUAAAGAUGUCUAUGAUGAUGGGAAAUAUGUGUACUUGGUGAUGGAGCUGAUGAGGGGAGGUGAACUCCUGGACCGCAUUCUUCGGCAGAAGUGUUUCUCAGAGAGAGAGGCCAGUGCUGUGCUGUGCACCAUCACCAGGACUGUGGACUACCUGCACUCUCAGGGCGUGGUGCACCGAGAUCUGAAGCCAAGUAAUAUCCUCUACAUGGAUGAGUCAGGAAACCCAGAUUCCAUCAGGAUCUGUGACUUUGGGUUUGCCAAGCAACUGAGAGCGGAGAACGGGCUGCUCAUGACUCCCUGCUACACAGCCAACUUUGUUGCCCCUGAGGUCCUUAAACGCCAAGGUUACGAUGCAGCCUGUGACAUCUGGAGCCUGGGGAUCCUACUGUAUACCAUGUUGGCAGGGUUCACUCCUUUUGCAAAUGGACCAGAUGACACCCCAGAGGAGAUUCUGGCCAGGAUUGGCAGUGGCAAAUAUGCACUUACAGGAGGAAACUGGGAUUCAGUAUCUGACACUGCAAAGGACAUUGUAUCUAAGAUGCUUCAUGUAGACCCUCAUCAGCGCCUUACAGCAGUCCAAGUCCUAAGACAUCCAUGGAUAGUGAACAGGGAGUAUCUAUCUCAAAACCAACUCAGCAGACAGGAUGUUCACCUGGUGAAGGGUGCAAUGGCAGCCACAUACUUUGCUUUAAACCGAGCACCUCAGGCACCAAAGCUGGAGCCUGUAUUGUCCUCCAGUCUGGCUCAGCGGCGGGGCAUGAAAAGACUUACCUCUACCAGGUUGUAGCAGUACCCCCAAAAGGCCUCUUUGAAAACCCACUGUUUAUUAUUUGAGAAAUUCAUCUUUACUUGGCUAGCAGAACUUUUUUGGACAACCUGCACAUGAAAUUGCCAGAACUAGCAGAAGCCCAGCAUAAGGCAAAGUUCUCCUUUGCUCUGUCAUUUCUUUUACAUUCCAGCCAGGGUCCCAAGUUUAACAACUUCACAAAGAUGUGCCAAUUUUGCCAGUAGCAAUGUUUCCUUACUGAGAUAAAGCUAAAUAAAGUAGGUGUGCUCCAUCUUUCCCACCCUAGGAAAUACUGGUUUUGAGUCCUUAAGAUGUUCCAUGGGAACACUGUUUUCACUUUGUUUCUCAAGAAAAGCACUUUUUGCUAUGAAGAACGUAGUUGGGUUUGAAUGUUUUCAGCUGUUCCAGCAUGUGUCAUGAUGAAGUGACUUGGCUAUUCACCAGUAGUCACCUACUGAUCUCCACUCACCCCAGGAAGAGUGAAGGCUGCAGUCACACAUGAAUAACACCUUACUUGAAACAAGUGCUAUACAACAUGAAGGAGAGCAAGCUGUUGAUGGUGGAAAUACCUUCUGAUUUCAAGAAAUCUUUUGCACUUUGCCCCUGCCCUCUCUGGAAUGAAGACAGCACUGCUUGAGGAACACCUGCCACCAGCCCUGACUUACUCAGAGGUCUCUGAGAGCAGAAAACUUCUGAGAAACUCAGUCCUCUGAGGAAAUUACUUGGUCUUAUGAGACUAUGGGAAAGCAUUAACGUAAACCAGUGUGAGUAGGACCCUGUGGAUCAGGGGAGAAAAAGGUGUCCGGUCUUGACCAGCAAGCAGGAGGUCUGGGAGGACUAGGUGAGGGCGCUGGGGAACCCAGCAGAGGGAGGGAAAGGCUCAGGCAACUUUGAGCACAGUAAGCAAAAAGACCCAUGGCAGCAUGGUGGGGAGUACUGCAAAGGGAACUAACCACAUGUGCUUGGGGGACAAACUGGGACUCCCUUUAAAAUUGAGGGACAGUCCUUCUUCAGUGGCUGGUACAGAAGCGGCUGGGUGAGCAGCUGGGCUGCCGAGGGGCUGGGUGGGUUGGUGCAGCCAUCGUUCUACACCGCCACCGAGUCUGCUCUGAGACUGGCUCUGGCAGGCCAGAGUGCCACCCUGGAGCAAGCAAGGCCAUUACUAGUCAUUGCUCCCUGCCCUUUCCUGGCUGCUCACCCACAUCUGCCUCCAUCACCCAACAUUUUAUGUCCCUUCCUGGCUAUUCUGCACUAGCAGAGCUAAACUCCCUGUGCUGUGUGUGUGCAGAGAGCACCCACUUCUGAAGAGUCCAGCUAACUCUGUUACUAGCUUUAAUAAUAAUAAAUUAUGAGGAAAAAUGGGAGGAUGCUCUGCUUUUAUAUUUAUAUAAAUAUGUACAUGUGUAUUUAUAUACAUAUAAAACAAAAGUUCUGUACCCUAAUACCUGGAUUUUCCAGGUUCAGGGAAAGAAAACUUUGUUGAAAUGGUCUCAGCAAAAUUGACCUUUUUUCUCAUUCCCUGAUUUCGUAGAAAGUGAGCAAGGUUUGUGGUGCCAGAUGUGAACUAUUUUUUAAUUCUUUUUCUUACCUGUCUUGGUUUAUGGUGGUCACAAGCUGAUCAGGAUUCUUCUUUGUACUGCUUUUGUUAAUUUUUAUUUUUCAAGUAAAUUUUGUCACUUCAGAUGCUUUGUGGGAAAAGCUAAUAUGCUAUGUUGGCUUUUUUUUU